CAUCCAAUGGUUAUGCAUUUAAUCCUGUGGUUUUUGAUAGGUAUACCAAGGAGGCGAUCGCCGCCAGCUCGAAGCUACUGGAAAUUAAUCCAGAAAUAUUAACUGUCUGGAACUACCGGAAGCUCGCUCUACAGCAGAACUUAAAGGAAGCGACAGAUUCAGAGCGUAUCAAAUCUCUGGUGGACGAUGAGCUCAGAGCCGUAGAGAUAGCAUUGAGAGCGAACCCUAAAUCUUAUGGGGCAUGGUACCACCGGAAAUGGGUUUUAAGUCAAGGGCUUGCCGAAGUAGAUUUUGACAGGGAAUUUCGGCUCCUGGACCAAUUGCUAAAAGCUGAUUCCCGCAAUUUCCAUGGUUGGAAUUACCGUAGGUUUGUUGCCAAGCUGAAGGGUUUGCCUGAGGUGGAAGAGUUGAAGUUCACUAUGGAUAUGAUUAACACCAAUUUUAGUAAUUAUUCGGCCUGGCACAGUCGGAGGUAUUUACAUCAUUGGCAUUCUCAUUAUUCUGGUUGUGUUUUUUAAAUAGAUUUAUUUUUGUGCAUUUUUAGUGCAUAUUCGUGAAACUAUUUUAACGCGUUAUUUUGAGAUAUUUAUUGUGCAUGUUAUCGUAUCUGCCACAAAAUGAAUAGUCAUAUAUGUUGACAUGCUCAAGUCUUCAAGGCUUUCGUAAUAUGAAGAGUAAUGAAACUAAGUUAUCCAUUGAAACUUGAUAAAUACAUGAACACUUUGAUCAAUAUAUGUUAAGAGGAAUGCAAAAUUAAAAUAAACCUUUGAUUGAUGUUGAUGGAUUGAUAAGUGGAUGCAUGAAUCAACCGUAAAUGAUGCAGUCAAGGAUUAUCGUUUUAUAUUUUGUAUUUUAUUUAUGUUUUGGACUUUAUGUAAUUUUUUGUCUAUGUUUUUAUGUGCCCUAUGAUGGAAAACAACCUGUGAUCAUGCUUGGGUUUGGUGCUCUGUGGUAAUUUCUCUCCUUUGUUUUCCUUUAUUGACCUUGUUCUCUUGUUUCUUUAUUGGCUUAGUGGAGGGCUGAAAUUUCCUUAAUGGGCUUGGCUCAUUUCAUUCCCUUCCUCUUGGUUGCUUGGUGUUCCAUGCUUAUUACGGUUUGUCUUUUGCCGGUUAGAAUUCCUGCUAUUUCCCAUGCAGCUGGCAGUUUAUUUUUGCUGUUUCGAAUUCCUGCAGCUAUCCAUUCCCCUUCCUUUGUACUGUUUCCAUGUUUUGUGUUGGCUCCUAUUGGCUAUUUGGGGUGGCUCAUUUAUGGGGCUGUUAGGUCCUUUUUCCUUCUAUAUGUGGGGUUCUUUGCUACAGGGAAGGAGGUUUUUUUAGAUGAAAUCUGAUUGAAACCUGAUGGUUUUCUUCAUAAGCUUGAGAGCUUUCUUUUCGUGCACCUAUUUCUUCUUCCGGUCUUCUAUCUAUUUCAACUCUCCACGGUUUUCCUUCCACUUGUAUCCUUCUUCUCCUAAUAUAAAGAGUGUGGUGUGUUGUUGAGCCGGUUUGUUGGUAUUUGCCGGAGGAGUGUCGACCUGUGUUGGAACAAGAUUGUUGUGGUGAACCUCCGGUUUGAUUUUUUUUUUAGCGCCAAUCUCCAAUUUUCAGAUUUGCAUGUGAGGUGAACUUUUUAGGUUGUUCUGAUGGAAGUUUAUGUUUUAGUUUGUUUAUUGCAAAGUUUCCUUAUUGUUUUCUAAUUUUCUUAUAACUGUUUCCUAUCAAGUUUCUUUCUGUCUGAGGUGGUUUAUGUUUUAUUGAAGAAAGUGUUUUGUUUUUUCCUAAGUGUUAUCCUAUUUGGCCUUCUAGAACUUAGGAUACAGCAAUAAAUAAUAGGUAGAUUCUAGUGUCUACUAGUUGCGUUGAAGAUAGAGAGAGAUUGAGAGAAAUUUCUUGCUCCUACUUCAUUGAGCGGUUGAUUCUUAGAUUAUGCAUAUAGACAGCGGUGAGAAAGUUAAAGGGAUUCCAUUGCCUGCUUGUUGCAGUGCAUUGAGAUGCAUAUUGGGAUAGAUAUAGAGUUGAUAAACUAACAAUGAUAUUCCAUUAAUUGCUGGCUGUCUUCUAGUUUGCAUUG